GCGUGCGCUUGCGCGCUGGCGGCGGCGGCGUCAGUGCCCGGCGGGGAGCGGGUCCCAGGCCGCCGCCGGACCGGAGGCAAAGGGGGCUUCUGGGAGCUCCCUCGCCGGGCCCUUGUUGGCCUGAUGGCGUAGGAAGGACGGGCUGUGAGUCACUUUUCAGGUUGCUGAGAUACUGAAUACUGAUGAUGAUUUGUUUAUGUGAGUGGAUUACUGAACUUCCUCUGAGGUGAUAGCAAAGCUCAUCUUUUAUGACAAGCACUGCUGUUUGGAAAGCGAACUGAAGUUAACUAUUGAGUCUAGAAAACAGAGACAGAGUCUGGUUUAUAUAGCCCAGACUGGCCUUGAGCUUGAGAGCCUGAGUUUAAUCGCAGAGUGCUUGGGUUACAGGUUGACGUUGAGUGCUUCAGAUCUGGUCACUAUGGUCCGAGAACGAAAAUGCAUAUUGUGCCACAUUGUGUACGGCUCAAAAAAGGAAAUGGACGAACACAUGCGGAGCAUGUUGCAUCACAGGGAACUUGAGAACCUGAAGGGCAGGGACAUUAGUCAUGAGUGCCGAGUGUGCGGGGUCACAGAAGUGGGUCUCUCUGCAUAUGCAAAGCACAUUUCUGGCCAGUUGCACAAAGAUAAUGUUGAUGCCCAGGAAAGAGAAGAUGAUGGAAAGGAAGAGGAAGAGGAAGAAGAAGAUUAUUUUGAUAAGGAACUUGUUCAGUUAAUAAAGGAAAGAAAAGAACAAAGUCGACAAGAUGAGCCUUCCAGUAACAGCCAAGAAAGAAACUCAGAUGACAGGCAACCCCAGUGGAGACGAGAAGACCGAGCCCCUUACCAAGACAGAGAGAGCUAUGGCCAGCCAGCGAGGCAUCACCGUGGACCUCCGCAGCGGGACCGGAAAUGGGAAAAGGAUGGCUUUAAUAACACCAGGAAAGGCGGCUUUCCACAUUUGAGGAAUAGCGGUGGGCCAAGAGGAGGGUCUGGGUGGCAUAAAGGUGCUGCAAAGAGCUCGUCAGCCUGGUUUCAUAAUCACAGCAACUCUGGAGGAGGUUGGCAUUCAAACAAUGGGAUGGUGGAUUGGAAUUAUAACGGUACAGGAAGGAAUUCCAGUUGGCAUUCUGAAGGCACAGGUGGCUUUUCCAGCUGGCACAUGAACAACAGUAACGGAAACUGGAAAUCCAGUGUGCGUGGUACAAAUAGUUGGAAUUACAAUGGCCCUGGAGACAAAUUUCAACAAGGCAGAAACAGAAAUUCUAACUAUCAAAUGGGUGACAUGACCAAGAUGUGGAACAAAAAAUCUAAUAAGCCAAGUAAGUACAAUCAAGAGAGACAUAAAUGGCAGAGGCAGGACGGCGACAAAGCUGGCAAAUACAAGAGUCCUGCCGAGGGGUUUGCCAGUGACAAGCUUCCUUCGGAAGGCUUACUCGAGUUCAGUUUUGAGCAGCGGGAAAGUCAGACCACUAAACAGACAGACACAGCAGCCUCAAAAAUUAAUGGGAAGAAUGGCAACACAGCAAGGGGAAAGUUCCGCCGCUGGGCACCUUAUCCUUCCCAUAAGACCUCAGAUUUACAGUCGGCCCUGAGAGAAGCCAUUGGCAACAAGUUAGAGGUGGUAGAUAAACCUCUCUUUAAUUAUAGCUUAAUAACUGCAGGAAUGCAAGAACCCGUUGAUAAAACAAGUAAUCCCCUGAUGCUGAAAACACAAAAGGAAGCGUGUCCUGGAUCUCACAGUCACAAAGCCGAUUCUGAUGGCACUGCUUUCUCUGAGGCGGCGAGAGCUUGCCCUAUUACUGAACAGUCUGAACCACAUUGGAAGUCAAAUAAGAUUCCCUUGUUGAACUCUCCUCUCCUUUCACUUCCAGCUCCUAAACCAGGCCCUCAUAAGCAUAGUUUAAAGAACCUCACAAAAAACAAUGAAACAAAAUCUUUUUCUCCUGGAGAUUGUUCAUAUCUCUUGAACAAAUCCACUGUAGAAGGUAGCCAUGGUUCUUCCUACUCAUCCAAGUCACCUGACUUAUGCCCUCGUGUUUUAAAGGGGAGUAAAACUGGGUCAGGCUCUGAAAAGGAACCUGACCAGAAGUUAAAUAACACAUCACAGAAAGCUCAAGAGGCACUCCAGUGUUCCAAAACACCGCGAAAGCCACUCCUUAGCACAUCCAAAAGGCCUGAGAACUAUGUACAAGAAAGUAGGAGUGUAGAAGAGUCAGCAGAAGAUUCUGUAAACGUUGAGUGUCUGGCGCACUCUGCUGAAAUUGAUGGUGCGACAUCUGAUCCAGAGCAACACAGCAUAAAAAGUGGAGCAGUGGAUCUGGCAGCUACAGAGGCCGCAUCCUGUAGCCCUCACACUACGGGUGAGGAGCAAGGGAGCCAGGUCCUGGGCACAUCUGGGAACCCUUCCACCUCCCCACACGAUCCCACAGUUCACCAGAAAGAGGCCGAGUUAGAGGUGGUGGCAGCAGCCGGUUCACACUCCAGCUUACUGCUAGACGUGAGGACCUCUCUAGAAGAUGCACAGGAUAACAACCUUGUUAAAUCUGAUGGACUUUUUGAAACAGAGAGCUUUGAGGGCCCUAGCUUGGAUGCAGAGCUUCAAAAAAGUGAUAUCAAUAACCAGCCCCCUGGCACACUCAUGCCAGAACUAAGUAAACUUGGUUUUCCUGCCUCACUCCAGAGAGAUCUAACCCGACACAUUAGUUUGAAGAGCAAAACUGGAACACAUCUUCCAGAGCCAAACCUCAAUAGUGCUCGACGGAUUCGGAAUAUUAGCAGCCACCGAAAGAAUGAAGCAGAGAAGGAGUCUGGGCUUAAGCCAACCCUACGACAGAUUCUAAAUGCCUCAAGGAGAAAUGUCAACUGGGAGCAGGUCAUUCAACAAGUAACCAAGAAAAAGCAAGAGCUGGGCAAAGGUUUACCAAGGUUUGGCAUAGAAAUGGUACCUUUGGUUCAAAAUGAACAGGAAGUCUUGGACUUAGAUGAGGGGGAGCCUGAUCUGCCCAUACUUGAAGGAUUCCAGUGGGAAGGUGUUUCCAUUUCUGCAUCCUCCGGCUUGGCAAGAAAACGAAGCCUUUCUGAAAGCAGCGUGAUCGUGGACAGGGCUCCUGGAUAUAGCUUCUUUAGUGAGGAAGGUAUCGGCAAAGAAAAUGAACCCCAGCGGAUUGCUUCACCUAGUAACACAUUGAGUGCUGCACCGAGUCAAAGGGCAACCCUGUAUCUUGAUCAGGAAGUAGCACCUCUGACUCCCUCUGUCAGAGCAGGUGAAAGGGUUGGAAACAUUCCUACCCAAAGGCGACAUAGUGCACAGCUACCAUCUGAUCCCAUAAUGCCUUUCGUGCAUUCGGCCAGAGAGCUGCACAGCCAGGAGAGGUCUACACCAUCGUUGGAGCACCAUGCCCAGGAGAGCGGUGGAGAGGGAAACUCACUGUCAUCAAAUGCAUCUUCAGUUCAUGCGAUCUCCAGCCUAGCAGAUGCAGCCACUGACAGUAGCUGUACCUCUGGGGCUGAGCAAAACGAUGGGCACAGUGUUAGAAAGAAGCGAAGAGCCAAUGGGGAUGGAUCUUCCCCUGAACUACCAAGUCUUGAGAGAAAAAAUAAAAGAAGGAAAAUUAAAGGAAAGAAAGAACGUUCUCAGGUUGACCAGCUACUGAAUAUCUCCUUAAGAGAGGAAGAACUGAGCAAGUCGCUGCAGUGCAUGGACAACAGCCUCCUGCAGGCGCGGGCUGCUCUGCAGACAGCUUACGUCGAAGUUCAGAGGCUGCUCGUGCUCAAGCAGCAGAUAACUAUGGAGAUGAGCUCACUGAGGACUCACAGAAUACAGAUUCUACAAGGAUUACAAGAAACGUAUGAACCCUCUGAGCACGCAGGCCAGGCUCCCUACAGCUUCACAGCAGGAGAACAAAGGAACAGUCGAUCUCAAACCUCAGUUGAGACCCCACUGCUGCCCACUCCCUUUUUCCCAGGGUUUCUGGAGCCGUCUCCUUCCCAUGUGUCUCUACCAUCCACUGGAACCCCUCUCCAAAUAACCACAUCUACUUUCCAAGUCCAUGGAACUGUCCUUGACUCAUCAAUUCAGAUUAAACAAGAGCCCAUGUCUCCUGAACAAGAGGGGAGUAUGAAUGCUGUGCCCCAAGGCUCUGCUUCCGGUGUGUCCAAGGAAUUACUGCAAGCUAAUAGAGUGGUCAGUGACAGCUGCCCAGUUUACCCAGCCAUCCCUGCAGCAUUAACUUCAGAGUCAACAGAAAGCUGCCUGGAGGCUAGCCAAAAGAAUUCUUCUGUGGAGCAAGUGAAUUCCAGAAGCAGAGAAAACUCCCUCUCCUCCCAGUCUCCUGAGCGUCCUGGAAUAAACAAAGGUGCAGAGUCGGCCAAAGGCAGCAGUGGAUCUGAAUCCUGUAGCAGUUCUUUUCUGAGGUUGUCUUUCACUCCCAAAACCCCUGUGGAGAAGGAGACUCAGUCUGCUGCUGAGCAGCAGGCUGAAUCCACACUGGCAUCAGCAGAAACUAGAGGGAACAAGAAGAAGAAGAAACUCCGGAAGAAGAAGACGCUAAGGGCCAUCCAUGUUCCCGAGAACAGCGACACUGAACAGGAUGUGUUCAUUGCUAAGCCUGCAAGAAAGACAAAGGCUGGAAAGGCAGCUAAAGGAGGGACAGUAACGACCUCCACCUGGGAAGACAGCAGAACUGGACGGGAGCAAGAACCUCUCAGAGCCGAGCUGGACAGCGAGUCCUCCCUGGAAGUCUUGGAAGUCCCUAAUCCUCAGUUAGAGGUAGUUGCCAUCGAUUCUUCUGAAUCUGGAGAAGAGAAACCAGACAGCCCAUCAAAAAAAGACAGCUGGAGCUCUGCAGAGCAAAACCCAGUAGAAGCUUCUCGUGGUUGUGAUGAAGUUAGCUCUACCAGUGAGCUUGGCACCCGCAACAAGGAUGACGUUCGUGUCAGUGUGGCAGAAACUCAGACAGUGAUCUCCUCCAUAAAAGCACUCAAGAACUCUUCAGAAAUAUCUUCAGAGCCAGCAGAUGAUGAUGAGCCCACAGAAGGGAGCUUUGAAGGACACCAAGCUGCAGUGAAUGCGAUUCAGAUAUUUGGAAAUUUGCUGUACACCUGCUCGGCAGACACAAGUGUCCGAGUCUAUAAUUUGGUGAGUCGCAAGUGUAUUGGUGUCUUUGAGGGCCACAUUUCCAAAGUGAACUGCCUGCUUGUUACUCACACCUCUGGGAAGAAUUCUGUCCUGUACACUGGUUCCAGUGACCACACCAUUCGCUGCUAUAAUGUCAAGACCCGAGAAUGUAUAGAACAGUUAAAGCUGGAAGACCGGGUUCUCUGCCUUCAUAAUAGAUGGAGAAUCCUCUAUGCUGGACUGGCAAAUGGCACUGUGGUCACCUUCAACAUAAAGAACAACAAGCAACAGGAGAUCUUCGAAUGCCAUGGCCCUCGGGCAGUGAGCUGUCUCGCCACAGCCCAGGAAGGUGCCCGCAGACUACUGGUCGUAGGAUCCUAUGACUGUACCAUCAGUGUCCGUGAUGCACGGAACGGGCUACUGCUCAGAACCCUGGAGGGCCACAGCAAGACAGUUCUUUGCAUGAAGGUGGUGAACGACCUUGUGUUCAGCGGCUCCAGUGACCAGUCAGUCCAUGCUCACAACAUCCAUACUGGUGAGCUUGUGCGCAUCUAUAAAGGUCACAAUCAUGCAGUAACUGUGGUGAAUAUCCUGGGGAAGGUGAUGGUGACUGCCUGCCUGGACAAGUUUGUCCGAGUCUACGAAUUACAGUCCCAUGAUCGACUGCAAGUUUAUGGAGGACACAAAGACAUGAUUAUGUGUAUGACCAUCCAUAAAAGUGUGAUUUACACUGGUUGUUAUGAUGGAAGCAUCCAAGCUGUGCGGCUGAAUCUGAUGCAGAAUUACCGCUGUUGGUGGCAUGGCUGUGCUCUGAUAUUUGGUGUUGUGGAUCACUUAAAGCAACACUUGCUCACUGACCACACCAAUCCGAACUUUCAGACGCUGAAGUGUCGCUGGAAGAACUGUGAUGCUUUUUUCACAGCUAGAAAAGGAUCCAAGCAGGACGUUGCAGGACAUAUUGAACGACAUGCUGAAGAUGACAGCAAAAUAGAUUCAUGAAGUUUUUUGCCUCCCAUGUUGGGAAGUCAUUUGUAAACUGUUUUCACAUCGGUCCUUACACAGGCCGCUCUGUCCUUCUCCGAUGAAGCUGGGAAGGAGAAAGUGGCUCACAGUCAGACCUACCACUAGCAAAGUCUGGGCAGUCUGUGGGAAAAUAGGUUACAUACAAUUCAAGUCUGUGCUGGAGCGUUUAAGGGUGACGUUUAAGCAGAUUUUAAGGAACCAGGUUCUUCUGGGAGAGAUGACAGUGAUUUAUGCUAGUAGAUUAUAGUUGUUUAUUAAAGAAUCAGAUUUUAAUUGGUUACCCAGUUUGACCCUAAUCAUACACAUGUUUUAUUGAUUACAUUUGUCAUUUCUGAUUUUUGUUUGUAUGAUGGCUUAUGAUGUUCAGGAUCGGUUUUAAUUCCUCCUUUUGAGAUAACUGGGUAUUUAAAAUUGAAGCAAUCAUUUUCUUUUUUAAUAAUUAUGUGCAGUAUUUUACUAGUGAGUGCUCUGUAGAUGGACAGAGCUGACUGUGGGUACAAAACAUGGAGAGUCCCAAGAAACAGCCCGGCUGCUUUGCCAUGGCGGGAAGUUCCUAAAGACAGCCUUUCUAGUGUUUUGAACCACUCCAGAGUGCUCAGUGUGGCGCCCCCUCUCACUGCUGCAGCCACUGCCGCUUGAACUAAAGUCUACCUUCAUCCCCUUUCCAGCAUCUGGCUCUGAGUCCACAGAGCCUGGACACCUUGUGGGUUGCUCUGUGGCCGGCCCCCAUCUCUGACUAUCUUGCUGAGCCUAACGCAAUGGCACAGGGGGCUCAUGGGUGCUUUCACCCCUCCUGCAGCACGCUAGAUAGGGGAGCUGGGGAAAGCAUCUAGAUUCAUUUGGCAGGGCUUCAAACAGUCCUUCAGAGAUGUGACUUCUGAAACCAGUGUCUGCCUUCACAUCUGUGCCACUAAGGCACUGGAACAGUGAAGGAAAGGCAACCGCUGGGAACACCCGUGUCACGUGCCUUAGCAGGAUGCUUUGGGCUUGGAUUGUCUCGAGACUUGUAUGUAAAACUAAACAAGUGUUACUUUCUAAUAUUUUGUUUCUGGGUUCUCAAAACUUGGGUUCUUCAGAGGGAGAGGACCCUCAUACCACACACCCUAGCUUCAGGAUGCAAUGCUUUCUGGUCCUAGGAUUGUACCUGACCUGAUGAGUCCUCCCCAUAGGCUCUUGGGCAGGGCAACUCCACCAGGGAUUGAUGGAUGGGCUGCAAGCCAGUCUGAAUCCUCUGAAAUUGCAUGGAAGACUAAGUAUAUCCUUUUUCCCCCUUGGAAUGGUUCCAGUAGUUCUUACUGGAUCCGGGAAAUGUUAAUGAAUCUAGCGGCUGGUAAUAGCUCACGAGUGACUAUUGUUUGAGAAAACUUUUGUUGACCACACGGCUUAGAUGUGAAGAGAACCAUGGCUGCUGCUCAGAUCUUAUGCUGUCUUACUGACAGCAUAAUUAUGCUAUUUCUGUGUAAGAUUAAAAACCUUUCUCACCUCUCACCUCCACUUCCUGUAAGGGUGACCAGAGGACCCACCCUUCUGUGAGUCUGGGAAGUAAUUACUUAGGAAAGCUCAUGUGGGUUUAUUGCUAAACCUGCGUCAUUCUCUGAACUACAUCAUCUCCUGGGUUUCCACAUAGGCAGGGCAGUGUGCUAAGGAAGCACAGGUUCCCUGUUUACCUAGGGGAGUGUAGGGAGGGAUGGGGGUGGUGGAGCCUGUGUGCAGCAGGGAAGAAGAAUGGCAGGUGUUGACCAGGUGAGGAAUGCUUGAGGGCUUAAGGGCAUGCCAUUGGGCAGGAUCUGUAGGAACUGUGGUCUGAGUUUCCCUUGGUGGCAUUGUGUCAUGUGUUUGCCUGCUCGCUCGUGUGCAUGUGUGCGCUCACAUGCGUGCGCCUGCAUUGGCGUGUCCUCAUUUCACAAGGGUCUCUUUGAAGCAGUGGAUUGAGAACUGUUCUCAGUAUCAGGUCACUGUUCUCCGGGUUGAGCAGCCUAGUGUGGCGCUGAGAAUGUGGCUCCUCAGCGGCUGCCUGCAGGAGACAGAAGUGUGGCUUCUGCGUAAGUUCUUCACUAAGUCUAUCAUUCAUAAUGAUGAAGGAAGUGACUAAUAGCCUGCCAAACCCAAGACAUUUCUUAGGAGUACUUGCAGGUCAUUUUAAUGAUUUUAAUCAUUUAUGUCUAGUCCAGCAGCUCAAAGCAAAGAAAAUCUUUAAAAAUCCUUUUGUGUUUACAGUGACAGCUCUAAUAAAAUACCAAACACUUUGAUUGUUUUUUUUGGUUUUUUUUUUAAGUUUUCACUUAGGUUCAAAACACAUUUUAGCAUAUUUUGCUCAACUGUAAACAAUGCAAAUUUAAAAAGGGCAAGACAUGUCAUUCUGACAUGACUUAAGUUUGAGAAGUUGUUAUUUAGCAUUACACUUGUUACUUUUGUGAGGCAAAUGUUUUAUUCAGGAGAGUUAGUAGUUGAAAAUUUGAAUUCAUGAAUUACACUGAACCAAGCCAGUACUUUUGUGGUUGAAGUGACUCUUGCCAACCAAGGUUUGGUUUUGUUUUCUUUUGUUUCUGGUAGAUUUAUCUAUGGAACAAUUUCAGUGUGUGGGCAUGUGGCUGAGUUGUUGGGUGUAGGUGCACACUUACAAGAAUGACAGUAUUAUCUCAUGAAAGAUAAUUCAUUGGGAAGGAAAUUGAGGUAUAUCGUGAACUAGAGUUUAAACAACUCUGGUCUUGUGGUUUGGUUAAAUAGCUGCGAUUUGCUUAUACUUCCAUGGCAAAUUUGUUCCUGUUGCUUCAAGAAUUCUAGAAUUGCUAUUAAGGCUGUACUUGUAGGGUUUCAUCCCUGUCCUGUCAUUGAGAGCCUUGGGUUUGAGGGAGGUGGCCCUAUAGGUAAGAAAGGAGAAAGCUGUGUUGGGGGUGGGGUCACACACUUCCAUAUGCAGAUGUGUGUGAAACCUUGUGUUAAUUAACCCACCACUUACCACACAGCAACCUUCUCUUCACCUCCAAUCCCAAGGACAAGGCCCAGAAGUAGCCCAGUGCUGGCAGAGGGUAGAAAAGGAAAGGCCGUGGGGGGAGUAAUACCCAGAGCUGCCCAGCAACUUGGUUUCUUAUUGUAUUUCAACAUUAAAUAUGGAUUAGAAGAAAUGUCAGGUGACGUUUGACUGCAAAGAUAUUUCUAAACAGCCUUCUUACGUUUUGGUAUAAAAGCUGUGAACUUGAUAACUUUGUAAGUGAAAUAUAAAGCAAAUACAAGAAGAAAAUAAAGAACUUUUACUAGG